CUAUACUCUCUCCCCAUUGUAUGUUUUAAUCAUAGCCAAUUUUUUGCUGCACACUUCCCACCAUUUUCUUCUAAGCAGAAGUUAGCAGAGUCAGCACUGAGAAAAAAAAACACUGAAACACAACAGCACUGCUUCAACUACUACUCAAACCAUAACCUUCACAGAAAGCGUUUCUUUUUUCCCAGAAACACACACACACAUACAGAUUGGUGACAUAACAUUAGUACAUACACGAGAGAUUCUUUUUCCCACUCAAGAUUCAAGAACUGUCCGAAAAGUUCUGAUCUUUUACUUCUAUAUACACUCGGUAUUUAUUUUGGUUCAAUUCUUUUUGGGGGGUUUUCUGAAAAUGGAGAAAAUUGUUGUUGUUGUUAACUGUGAGCAUAAAGCUUGUGGUAUUGUGUAGUUCCCUGUAGAGGGCCUUCUCUAUAUUGUUACUCCUUUCCUCUCUUUCACUUUUCUCUCCACUUUAGAAUGGGUUACAGGAAUAUGAUAGUAGUGAAUUUGGAUCCACAAAGGAAGAGAAGUGGUGGACUGAGAACUAAACAGGCAGGACGUGGUUCUUGCAGGGGAAGUUAGACUCUUUACUGCAAAGAAAAAAAUGUCUUUUCUCUCUU